CGGGCUGCGGGGCCCGCGCGCAGCGGGGAAAAGUGCAGGAAUAGACGCGCACGGCGAGUGGCGAGUGGCAGACGCGCCCUGCGCGCUCGCUUCCCGGGGCGCGUGAGCCAAGCCAGGGGAAGUAGUUGGUGAUUCGCUGGACCCCGGUCCUGAAGACGAGGUCCGGCGACCCCUGGCCCUUCCUGCCUCACUCCCGCCUGCCUUUUCCCUCUAUCUUCUGCCAGGAUGUCGCACGCAGGCCUGGGCGCAGGUGUACCUCCUGGCAGCUAUGGGAACUAUGGCUCUGCUAAUAGUGGAUAUAGUGCCUGUGAAGAAGAAAAUGAGAGACACACCGAAAGCCUGAGGCGCAAAGUAAAGGCUGUGAAAGAUCUUUCCAUUGAGAUAGGCCAUGAAGUUAAAACUCAAAAUAAAUUACUAGCUGAAAUGGAGCCACAAUUUGAUUCCACAACUGGAUUUCUAGGUAGAACUAUGGGAAAACUGAAGAUUUUAUCCAGAGGGAGCCAAACAAAGCUGAUGUGCUAUAUGAUGCUGUUUUCAUUGUUUGUCUUUUUUGUCAUAUAUUGGAUUAUUAAACUGAGGUGAUGCAAGAAAAAGACCUGAAUCUGUUCACAUAGAUGUUUUAUGCUAUGACAAUCAUUAUUGAAAUAGAGUGUGAAAUCUAGAGAUUCCAGUUGGGAUCAAGUUGGCAGCCAGAUCCUUAUACUUU